UUCAUGGGAAUAUGUACACUAUAUCAUUAUAUCAAUAUAUAGUGAUCACCUUCCUCUCUCUCUCUACACUUUCUCUCUCUUCCAAGAAAAAAAUGUCUUCAGAGACAGAACCUUUGAACAACAAACUAAAAAAACCCAGCACACCUCACCACCACCGCCAAUCCUCCACCUCCUUCCGGUGGGCGGCGCUCCGCCGCGGAAGGCAGCGACUGCCCACCGUCCGCCUCGGCGGCGGUAAUAAACCCGGGCGGCGUGGAUUCUCGAUCGUGAGGCUGUGCAGAAGGGCGAAGCUGAAGUGGCUGAGGUUGAAGUAUGGUUGCAUGCUGAAGAAACUGAAGAAAUACUAUGAUUCUUUGGUGAAGGAGAUGAUCGAAGGGAGCGGGGCAAUUCAGUCAUUUCAACAGAGGAUGCUUCUAGAAAGUUCUUUCGCUGUUCCUGUAAUGGGUCUCUCGUUCAAUACUUAUCCCUCCCGCUAUGCUCUUGAUCACAAGCAUAUGUUCUGAUUAAUUCAGGUUUUUUUUUUUUUUUUUUUAAUCAUAUUUUGAGAAAUUGUAAUAAUUAAUUUUCUUGUACUGUAAUAAAUGAUAUAAUGUAUUGUAUUGUAUUAUAAUAAGUCAAUGAGUAAUAAAUGAUGAAAUUAUGUGA